ACUUUCUUUAACUUCCACCUGAAAAAAAUGCCGAUCCCGGUGAUCGACUUCUCGAAACUUGACGGCCCUGGGCGACCUGAAGCAAUGGCUCAGAUAGCAACUGGAUGUGAAGAAUGGGGAUUCUUUCAGCUGGUGAAUCAUGGGAUUCCGGUGGAGCUUCUGGAGAGGGUGAAAAAGGUGAGCUCUGAAUGCUAUAAGUUAGAGAGGGAAGAAAGCUUUUUCAAGAGCUCGACACCGGUGAAGCUGUUGAAGGAGUUGGUCGACAAAAAAAGUGGAGACAAGCUGGAAAAUAUCGACUGGGAAGAUGUGUUCCUUCUCUCAGACGAUAAUGAAUGGCCACCAAACACCAUCGCAUUCAAGGAAACCAUGACCGAAUACCGAACAGAACUGAAGAAAUUAGCGGAGAAGCUGAUGGAAGCCAUGGAUGAAAACUUGGGGAUCCCCAAAGGGUAUAUUAAGAAGGCUUUCAAUGGUGGAGAAGGCGAAAAAGCGUUCUUCGGGACGAAAGUCAGCCAUUACCCACCUUGUCCUCAUCCGGAGAUGGUCAGCGGUCUGCGGGCACACACCGACGCUGGAGGCAUCAUCCUUCUCUUCCAAGAUGAUGAGGUUGGAGGUCUCGAGAUUCUCAAAGGUGGCGAAUGGAUCGAUGUUCAACCACUCCCCAAUUCCAUCGUCAUCAAUACAGGUGAUCAAAUAGAAGUGUUGAGUAACGGAAGGUACAAGAGCGUUUGGCACCGAGUUCAGGCUUUGCCCAACGGAACCAGGAGAUCGAUAGCUUCCUUCUAUAAUCCAUCCUACAAUGCCACCAUCGGACCUGCAACCCAACUAAUCGAAAAAGAAAACAAAGAUAUCAAUCAAUUUGGUUACCCAAAGUUCGUGUUUGGUGACUACAUGUCCAUAUAUACCGAACAGAAGUUCCUCCCGAAAGAACCGAGGUUCCAUGCUGUACGAUUUGUCUAAGGAUCGAGCAGACGAUACAUAGAUGGGGAUUGAACGGACGUCCUCAAAGAAGUGAGCAAGUAAUUCAGUCCUUUUUGUUUAGGGUUUAUGUUUAAACCAGUGAUCAUAGGUAAUAAGCUUUAACCAGUGAUCAUGGGUUCUGCCCUUCUGCUGCUAGUUAUGCAGAUUGGUGCAGAUUGUAUUUCAUGUUUCUAUUGCAAAUAUUAAUUGCUUUGUGUCACUGUUUUAUUUGUGAUUUCUUGGGUUUUAUGUUGUACAAUAUACACGCAACUUACCUUGUAAGCAAAGGCAAUUCUGCGGCUUUUCUUG